ACUCCAUUCAUUUUCUGGAAAGGACGCAAUCAUAGAGUUCAGUGGAUAGCCUACAACAAAGGCUAUUUACCUAAUUUCUAGAGCUAAUUGUAAAUAUUACCAUUUUUAAAACUACAUUAUGUUGCUAGCUUACUGUUAUUGUAGUUACUUUAUUUAAGAAGGCACAUGACCGAACUACACCAGGCAGCUGCAGCUGGGGAUUACGACCUGGUGGAAGACAUUGUGAAGAAGAAUAGAUGUAACCCAAACCAGAAAGACACUGACUGGAACAACAAAACACCACUACACUGGGCGGCGGCAAAAGGGCAAACGGAUAUGGUGAGGAUCCUGGUGGAGAAUGGGGCUAGGCCGUGCCUCAGGACGGAUUCCGGCUGGACUCCCGCCCACUUUGCAGCCGAAUCUGGGAGGCUAAGUGUCCUUCGCUUGCUACACUCGCUCCACGCCCCCAUUGACAAAGAGGACUCCUCUGGAGACAGGCCCACUAGGAUUGCUGACAUAUAUGGCCAUAAAGAUUGCGUGGAAUUCCUAGAAACUGCGGAAGUGGAAUGCAGGGACUACCGCCGGUUGGCGCAUCUCAGGGGCCUUGUUCUGGAUGACACAGAUGAAGAGUGGGAGGAACAAAUGGAAGAAACUGUGCAUAGGAGGGGAGGACAAGGUGACAAAAAGGGUAAAAUGUGUGUUCUCAAAAAAACUGUUAAAUUGCAAACUAAAGGCAGCGCAAUCCCCAGAAUGCACAUUUCAAAUACUCGACUUAUAAAACAAUAAUAUGUCUACAAAUACAAGUACACAAUUACAUAUGGCUUUUCAGAAUGAAAAGCUGAUUUCAGAGGUUUUUUAAUCAAGCUCUUUAAAUCAUGUAUGAUUUGAUAUAAAGCAUUCUAAUUGAUGCUUUACCGAACAUGCAUGUUUAAUUUAUGCUAUAGUACUGUGUCAACAAAUUUAUUCAGAAAAGGCAAAUGGUAAAUGACUGUAAAUGUCUUGGUUGUGCUCAUGAAUUGAAUGUAGGCCACAACAUGCAACCUUUUCUGAUCAUGGACUUUCAUUUGAAAAACAGCUGACGUAACACAGUGUUUGAUAUGAUUUGGCCGUCAAAGCAUCAUCAUGAAGGUGCUUAUGAAUUUGCCAUAUACCAGUGUACUAGCAUGCCAGGUCACUGAACAAUACCUGCAAAUGUCUACACAUUCAUUUAGCAUUGGUUGUAUUAUUGCUUAUUCUUUCCAAACACUUUACACACACUGUGUAUUCCCAGACCUCAUAGCUAUAAACAUAGGUCUCUCUCUAUAUUUAUAAAGGUCCAAACCAAAUCAUUUUGAAGAAACCACUGGAAUACAUUACACAAGGACAAAUAGUUGUGUAAAGAAAAAUGUGCAUUGUUUAUUCAAUCAGAUUAUAUUUAUUAAAUAAUGCUUCAUGCAUUAGCUACUUCAGUUAGAUUUUGAAAGAAUUUACAAGUUAGGCAGUCAUCCAAACACAAUUUACAUACAUUAAAUUGCAAUGUAAAACAAUAAUAGAAGCAUAAACAAUGUUAUUCAGUUUAUUUUUAAAUAAUAUAAAACUGAAAUAAAACCCAAAAAGCACAUUCUAGUCUUUAAAGGCAAGCGAUGUUGUUGACAGAAAAAAAUGACAUGCUGAUUAUUUGCAGUAUGCAUAUGUAAUUGGUCUUUAUGAAAAAAUACAACAGUAGAGAUAGACAAUACAUGAAUGAAAAGAUGGAAUCUACAAUGCAUACAUUCCUUAAAAAAAAGACAUUAAAACUACUAUAAUGUUCAAUGAUGAACUGUACUGGGGCAAAUCUUUACACAAUUUUCAGUUAUUUUACGUCAUAUGCCUAACGAGAUAAAGAAAUAAGUAGAAUUUACAUUUUCAAUAGUUUGAGGUCUGCUAAUGGAUUAUGCAGGUGAUAUUAUGUUUAUUGCAGAUUCUACUGGUGAAGUCAGUUCUAACAUAUUUCCAAUGGCACAGCAUGAGUUUUUUUCUAUUCCAGCUGUUCUGGAAUUCUUCGACUGUUACAUCACACUAGCCCUCGGACAGUUGAAGUUGCCCUUGAUAUGAGUGCUACACAGUUGAAGUUGCCCUUGAUAUGAGUGCUGAUAAUUAUUGUAAUAAUAUUAAUUGUAAUAAUAAUAAUAAUAAUGAUGAAUGUCAGCUCAUGGUUCAUGUGGUGAAAAUGUCUGUAUUUGCAAUAUUAUGCACGUUUUCAAAUACUUGUGCUACAAAUGAUGUAUUUGAUUCUAGCAGACAUUGUAAUGGACACCCAUGGUGUUUGUAAAGUAAAAUAAAGCUAAUAACACUGGCGCAGCCAUAUAAGGUCAACUGGUCCAACCAAUGAUGAUAACAUGACUAAGAUUACUCACUUGUUUUGGAUAAUCUUCUGACUAGACUUGAAUUGGAAUUGAAAGGGGUUAUGUUGGGAGCAAGUGCAGCAUCUUUAUCAUGUAUCAUCUUUGGUUGAAUGCGGGAAACAAGUUGGCAGUGCCGCAAAGCAGUAUUAUUGUCAAAUUAUUUUACAUUUUUGUGUUUAGUCAAUUAUUUUAAUCACUGGUGGGUUUAUCCAUGAUGUGAUGCACUAUAUGGCCAAAAGUAUCUGUAUACCUCUUUUUCUGGUGCUGUUUUUCAUGGUUUGGGCUUGGCUCCUUAGUUCCAGUGAAAGCAAAUCUUAAUGCUACAGCAAACAAUCACAUUCUAGACGAGUCUUUGCUUGCCCAACAUUUUGGGGGAGGCCCUUUUCCUGUUUCAUCUUGGCAAUGCCCCCGGGCACACAGCGAGGUCCAUAUAGAAAUUGUUUUGCCAAAAUCGGUGAGGGAGAACUUGGACUGGCCUGCACAGAGUCCUGACCUCAACCCCAUCUUUGGGAUCAAUUGGAAACCCAACUGCAAGCUAGGACUAAUCACCCAAACAGUGCCCUACCUCACUAAUGCUCCUCUCGGCAGAAUGGAAGCUAAUCUCUGCAGCAGUGCUCCAAUAUCUAGUAUAAAGCCUUCCCAGAAGUGUGGAGGAUGUUAUAGCAGCAAAGGGUGGACCAAAUCCAUAUUAAUGUCCCUAAUUUUGGAUGAGAUGUUGGAUGUCAGGUGUCCACAUACUUUUGGCCAUGUAAUGUACAUUGUAAAUUAUAAUCCCUAUUAGAUUGUUUAUAUUCUGCUUUCUCCUAGCCCAUAGCUCAUUUUGACUGCUUGAUUAAUGUUAGCUAACUGUAUAGUAUAGUAUAUUUUUAAACUGUUGCUGCAUCUAAACUGUUGCUACUUCUGGGCGAGUGUGAAUGUCUGCAUAAACAAAUAAAUUCUCACACUGAGGACAUGAA